AUGACAAUUUCAUAUAGUGGAAAUGUUAUUCGAAUUUUGUUGAGAUGGAAAGGAUCGAUUUGGCGAGCAGUUUGGCGCGAACUUGUGAUCUAUUUAUUAUGUUAUUAUGCAGUCAGAUUGGUUUAUUUGAAACUUCCCGAAGUUCUUGAUAUGGACAAAGAGGAUGCAAAAGAAUUCACAAAAAAUUUCGAAGCUUUCUGUGAAAUGUGCAAAGAUUGGCUCAAAAAUAUACCCCUAACUUUUUUGUUGGGUUUCUACGUUUCAAACGUGGUUUCUAGAUGGUGGCGGCAAUUUGAAACUUUAUAUUGGCCUGAGGAUAUUUUGUCGGUUCUUUGCACAGUGGUUCAUCAAAAUGAUGAUAAGAGUAGAAAGAGGAGACAUACUAUUGCGAGAUAUUUGAAUUUGGCUUCAGCGUUGGCAUGGUGAGUUUUUCUAACUGUUGGUAAACUAGUCUCUUCUGAAAAUUAUAGACUAAUUUUCCUAGGAGCUCAAAAUCGAUUCUGAAAAGAAAAACAAUUUUUAGGCGCGAUAUUUCUUCAAAACUCCGCCUUCGCUUUCCAAAUGUUCACAGUCUUAUUGAAGCUGGUUUACUAACUGAAAAAGAAUAUGAAAUUCUCGAAAAAGUGCACGAAGAUUGUGAUUCAACUCGCUGGAUGACACCAAUUCAUUGGGUUCAACAUAUAAUGCGAGAAGUUGAAGAAGAUUCCAAACCAACCGCAUCACUUUUGAAUCAAUUCAUCGGUGAACUUCGAAUUUUCCGGCAAUCUUUGAGAAAGUUAUAUAGUUAUGAUUGGGUUUGUGUUCCUUUGGUUUAUACACAAGUUGCUGCAUUGGCAACUUAUGGUUUCUUCUUUUUCACACUUUUUGGACGACAAAUUUUGGUAUCGGAUGUUUUGAAAGGAGAAGCGAUUGAUAUAAAAGUGCCGAUUUUUACAAUUGUUCAAUUUUUGUUUUUCAUUGGAUGGUUCAAAGUUGGACAAGAUUUGAUGAGACCAUUUGGAUUGGAUGAUGAUGAUAUUGAAUUGAAUUAUAUUUUUGAUCGAAAUGUUCGCAUUUCAUUUACGAUUGUUAAUCGAUUACAAGGAAGUCCACUUCGUAAGUUUUUUCUGGUAAAGUUCUGAAAAUUUUGGUCAAUCUGUUGCUAUAUUAGGCACAUUUUUAUUAUAAUUAUUUUUCCUCAUUCCCAGGCUGAUUUUUGGUUUUCCUAAGUUUUCCCGAAUUUUUUAAAAGAAAAUGGAGUCUUGCGAAAAUUAAGAACUUCGAAAAAUGAGUUGCUAUAAAAAAUAGACCAAAAAUGUUUUCAGUCUGAAAAUUUCGGAUUCAAUAAAUAUUUUACAAUUUUCCAGCUGAUUACGAUGCUGAAAGCGACAAAUUAUGGCGAGAAAGUGAAAAUGGCACUACCCUGAUUCCAUCAAUUCCACAUUCCAAAUAUUCGCGCCAAUUAUCCGAACAUCCUCCUCGACUUCAUGCUUAUGUUCCAAUUCAUGAUCAAAUCAAAGAUGCCGAAAGUGCCAAAGGUUGUUUAUCGAUCAAAAAACAGAAAAAGUGAGUUCCUAUUUCUUUUUUUCUGUAUUUGGAAAAAUAUAUACUUUUCAGACAUCUAAAUUGGUGA